UGAGAUGAAAUCGUGCGUGGCAAUAGAAGACCUCUCGUCAUCACUUCGAAUUUUCAAAAUUUGAAACCCUAACCCCCUUCUCUCUCUCUCUUUCUCUCUCUCCACCUGAUCUCAACAUACCCACAAACACAUUCUCUCUCCACCUGAUCUUCACAUACCCACAAACACAUUCACAGAUUCAAGGCCCAAAAAAUGCUGAACCAAAUCCAAACCCUAAGCUCCGAAGUGGGUCACAACAACGAGAACGAGAACGAGAACGAGAUCGAAGAAGAAGAAGAAGUUGAGAAGUUAGAAGCAGAAGUGAAAGGAAUGGGUGAGAAGAUAGUGGAGUACAGGAAUUCAGUACCUGAUCAGCUCAAGAACGCUCUCGCUUCCACUCUUGUUGCUCAGAGACCCCUCCUUCCUACACAUCUCCAUCACGAAUCUUUGCCCCAACAAUCCUCUGCACAAGAACAAACCUUACCAUGUUCAACACUUCCUACCAAUCUUGGAGUUGAUGUGGGUACACCAUCUGCUGUGUCGCCCGCUGAGCCUCUAAAAAGAAGAAGCGGAAGGUUGCAAGCAUUGGCAUCGUCCCCCGCUUCAUCUAAUCCUCUGACUACAACCUCAACCCAGAAGCGGGGUAGAGGACGAGGGAACAAGCGAAAGCAACAAUUAGCUUCUCUUGAUGCAGGAGAACCGAUUGAAUCAGAUAAGGGGCACCAACUAUCAGAAGAACAAGAUCGAGAGACUGCUGAGAAAACACAAUUGCUUAAACAAAAGAUUUCUAGCAAUGUAUCGGCUUUGCCUCUUCUUUUGAAAAGAAUGAAAGAAUGUAUUUCCAAAAUCGACAAUCUACAAUCGAGUAAUGAAUUCAACAUCCAUCCUGCUUUUAAAAGGAAAAGAACUAGCUGACACUUUCGCUUGAAUUUUGUUGUGCAAUUAUUUUGACACAAAGAAGGGUCUUUUUAUUUAUUUAUUUGUUGAGUUUUACAGUCUCUAGGGUUUGCCAUAGUGGAUCUGAGCCGAGCAUCUUCACCAUGUUGUAAUUACUUGAAAACGAUUUGUUUAGAUGUGUAACAUAAUUUCUUGUUGAUAGUAUUUCUGAUGGCAUGUUGUUAUGUUAUAUGCAUUGCGUGAUGAAAUGUAAAUGCCUUUGCUUUUGA